ACCACUGGCCCCACCCCGGCCCGGUGCAGCCCCGCCCGGUCCCGCCGCGUCCCGCGCCGCUCAGAUAGGGCUCUCCAUGCCAUGGACCCUCCCGAGGAGGUGCGGGCGCGGUUGGAGCGGUGUGGACAGGGCCAUCUGCUGCAGUUCUGGGCCGAGCUCGACACGGCGCAGCGCGGAGCGCUGCUGGCGGCACUGCCGCCGGGGCUGGGCGAGCACUGCCGGCUAGCGGCGGCGGCCGGGGCCCGCCAGCGCGGCCCGCAGGAGCGCCUGGACGGCCGGAUGGAGCCGCUCCCCCCCGAGCUGCUGGGCAGCGCCCGCCGCAGCGGCCUCGCCGCGCUGCAGCGUUGGGAGGCGGAAGGUUUACAUCAGAUUUCACAGAACAAGGUGGCAGUGCUACUCCUGGCUGGAGGACAAGGAACCCGCCUGGGAGUCAGCUAUCCCAAGGGCAUGUAUAACGUGGGGCUGCCCAGUGGCAAGAACUUGUAUCAGAUCCAAGCAGAAAGAAUCCGCAAAGUGGAGCAGCUUGCUGGCAAGAGACACAACUGCAAGUGUGUUAUUCCCUGGUACAUCAUGACAAGUGAGUUCACCCUGGGGCCAACAGAAGAGUUUUUUGUACGACACAGCUACUUCAACUUGGACAGAUGCAACGUUGUCAUGUUUGAACAGAGGAUGCUGCCUGCUGUCACCUUUGAUGGGAAGGCUAUCUUGGAGGAGAAGGGGAAAAUUGCCAUGGCUCCAGAUGGCAAUGGUGGCUUAUACCGUGCUUUGAUGGAUAAUAAGAUCUUGGAUGAUAUGAAGCAGCGUGGAAUCCAGUAUGUCCAUGUAUAUUGUGUGGACAAUAUCCUCGUGAAAAUGGCAGAUCCAGUCUUCAUAGGUUUCUGUAUUUCCAAAGGGGCAGACUGCGGUGCAAAGGUAGUGGAGAAGGCCUACCCCACGGAGCCUGUUGGGGUGGUGUGCUGUGUGGAUGGGGUGUACCAGGUGGUGGAGUACAGCGAGAUCAGCCCGGAGACUGCACAGCAGCAGCGCCCUGACGGGGGACUGGUGUUCAGUGCUGGCAACAUCUGUAACCACUUCUUCACUGUUGAGUUCCUGGAAAUAGUGACCCAGAAAUGGGAGUCACAGCUGAAGCAUCAUGUAGCCAUAAAGAAGGUGCCCUACAUUGACAAGGAGGGAAAUCUGGUAAAACCACUAAAACCGAACGGGAUAAAGCUGGAGAAGUUUGUGUUUGAUGUGUUCCAGUUCUCUAAGAAUUUUGUGGCAUUUGAAGUUCUGAGAGAAGAGGAAUUCUCACCCCUAAAAAAUGCAGACACAGCUGACAAAGAUACUCCUACCACUGCUCGGCAAGCCCUCCUGGCCCAGCAUUACCGCUGGGCUCUCAAGGCUGGAGCCAGAUUUGUGGAUGAAAAUGGUUGCAGGAUACCAGAAAAACUCAGUCUCUCAGGAACUGAAGAUCCUCCGGCUGUGUGUGAGAUUUCUCCAUUAGUGUCUUACUUUGGAGAGGGUCUGGAGGUGUACAUGAAGAACAAAGAGUUCCCUUCUCCCUUUGUACUCGACGAAAACAAAGUGGAAAUGCUGGAAAAUUCUUGAAGUGGGAAGCCUUUCCUUUGCAAAUCAGAUUCAUGUUUGUUAGAUCCAUUAUAAGAACUGACAGUACUAAAAUGUCAGCUAUGAAGUGCAUUAUAAAAAAAUUGCUUUUGUGGAUUAACACUUUCUGGGUGCUAAACAGAUCCUACAUUUCUUAUUUACUGUUGCAUAUGAAUACAGAAAAGAGCCAGUCAAGGCCUGAUAAAUCAGCUUUGCCUGCAAGAAGAUUCAGUUUCUUCAGUGCCUUGUUAGGUGUCUUGUUUGUGUUGGUGUGAUUGUUUUUUUGGUCUGGUUUUGUUUCUAAAUCACGUGCACAGCUGCAGUGAGACUGAGGUCCCAUCCUGAAAAGUAUGGAAGGACUUUGGAUACUGAGGUUUUCCCUCCAGCGAUCAGUUUUUUCCCUAAUCAUGUGCUGAUUAGAAUAUCCAAUUCAGCAACUGCAUCCUCUAAGCAGAUCAUACAGAGUCUGCUGUAUGUAGGGAUGUUGCUGUGCCUAAGCAUUGCUUGAGGCUUGGAGUCCAAAGUAGAACAGACUAGUUUUGUAUCUGGACUCACUGGUGCCAUGCUUAGACUGAUUGCUCUUUACAGUUGUAGUGACUUGGGGUUUUUUAAUUAAAAAAAAAAAAGAAUAUUUUCACAACCCUCUGCCCUUCCUGACUAUAACAGUUUUGCUUUCAAUUUCCUGUUUAAUAUAUACCAUAUCCCUCAGACAAGGCUCUCUUGGGGUACCUGAAAGUAGUAAAAGAAAUAAAUCCCAUUGGUAGAAUUUAAUGCCUAACCAAAACAAAACAAAACAAACUACUCUCAACAUCAACAGGGUACACCAAAACAAAACAAAACAAACUACUCUCAACAUCAACAGGGUACACAGUAAAACACCAGCCUCCACUUCUACAGUUUUUCUCCAGGUGAUUUUCCAGCAGUCUUUCACUUAGGAAGUAAUUCCAUAGAUGCCUUUCUUUUAGAUAUGUUACUGACCACAAUGUAAAGUGUCAGCUAAUGAAGGACACUAAUUGUCAGAACAUAUGUAGGAUGUGAACUCAGCCCUGGCUAAGGGGUCUCAGGGUACCCAUCAGUGAUUCUUCAUGUUCAGUUUUUGGAUACUGCCCCAGAAAGCUCGUGUCCAUCUGAUGCAGAACCUGUGCUGAGCAUACCUGACUCAGUAUGUUUCAGUCUUCGUGAGGAUGCGUCAGCUGCACUCUCCGGUGGCUGGCUUUGGCACCAGAAAUGUUCCAUACUCUUCCCCUAAACCUGGUGUUAGGGAAGGUAGCGAGAAAGACAUUUCAUCUGAAUUGUUAUUUCAUGCAUCAGCUUCUACUGAGGAAUUGCUUAUGCUAUUUCAUUAAGCAUAAUUAAGUUCCAUGGCUUUCUGCAACUUCUGAUGUGAAGCGCUAUUCAGAAUUAUAGAGAAGGGAAUGGGGAAGUAUAAAAAUUACUUUGAGAGUAAAUACAGUUUGUAAGUAUGCUCAAGUUUUCCAAAGAAAGCAUCUAAAUGUCAUUUUCAGAGUUUUUGGUUGUAAAGUGUUUCUGCAUGAACUUGAGUAAUGAUCCUUUCACACAUGCAGACCAGCUAAUGACUGGUUCUGAUUACCUCAUUUGGCAUGUGCAGCUAGUAAUUCACAUUUUUGUGAGUAUUGCUCAGAAGUUCAAACAUGUGCUUCUUUUAUACUGUGCUGUGCUAUAAAGAAAUAUUUCUUUUGCUUUUUCUAAAGUUCUUUCUGUUUUGAAGCUUCAGUUUCCAUGCACACAGAACAGAGCUGCUGACAUUGUUUUCAAGAAGUUAAAUUAGAAUGCUAAAUGUCUUGUCUCUUGGGUUUUUUAUUUUCUAUGACUCUUCACAUUUUAAACUGGAACAUAGAAACAAUUUUGAGAGAACUUUAACAAAAAAAAAAAAAAAAAUCUGUCCUGUAUGUAACUGUCUUUGUACACAUUAUAAAAUGAAAAAAAGUACCUGAAACAAAGGGAAGACCUGUACUACUCCAGAAACUUCUGAACAUCUAAGCAUUUUUAAUAAUAAAGAUGUUACUGUGAUUUA